AUGCCGCAAAAGCCACUCGAGGACGACGACGUGGACGUCGAGCCGGAUCAGUUCUUGGCUGACCUGCCGCCUUCUGGUCGCUCUGAGCGAUCGGGUGCUUGUACGUCCAGUUCCAUCUUACAGCCCACGCCAUCAGCGUCCUCGUCCGUUCCGUCCGAACCUCAGGAGCGCCGAGCCCAAGUGGGGGCCAGUCCAUACGUGGCUCCGUUCACGCCCAGCGGAUCUCCGCCUCGGCCCAAGACGCCAUCCACUGGAGGAGGGCGCUCCAACAACAGCAGUCGAGUCGUCAAGCCGCAACUUGUGCCUAUAAACAAAGCCGUUGCCGCCUUUGGACCAGGCCCAGCGCUGCCUCGAGACGACGUGGUGAAGCAUUUGCCACCUAAAUUGCUGGAGACGCUGGUGGACGUCGUGAGGACACUCGAUCAGCUCACGGAUGGCGUGGCGGACUUUCGACAGGACCAACUGGGUUUUCUCAGUGACAACGUCACGCGAUAUGUGGAACUGCUGCAACAGAUGGACAAGGCAGCGGCUGAGUACCACGCAGACAUUCCGCUGCAAGUGCUGCAGAUGAUGGAUGCUGAAGAAGACUCAAACCCCGAGUUGUUUACCAAGAUGCAGCUUGAGAAGUGUCACGAGGAGAGCCAACAGGCGGCCGUGAAAGUAGAAACACUAGAGAUGCUGAGAGAAGCUUUGCAGACUGGACUAGAGGAGCUCAAGUGA